AGCAAAGAAGUGACAGAAGAGCAAGUGGGUUUGCUUGCAACUUUCAAGUACCACACUUAGCUUCCCUCUCUGCUAAAGGACAAUGUUUAACUUUUUAACAAGGAAAGAUGUGAGAAAGAUUCUCAAGCGUAAAGACAGUGAUGCUGGUGAAAAAGGAAGAGCUCUGGAAGAAUUGAGAGCCUCUCUAUUUAACGAAUUUCGUUCCUCCGAAGGUGCAAAACGUCAGCAGCAGCGUAUUUGUGGUCCAAUUACUGCACUUUCCUUCAACUUUCUGGUUGCAGUUGGUAUUAUUUUCAUGAACAAAAUGGUACUUCAAACUGUUAAAUUCAAAUUCCCUAUACUUCUUACACUAAUCCAUUAUUUAGUAAGCUGGUUCUUGAUGGCUGUUCUUAAAGCAUUUUCUAUCCUUCCUUCAUCUCCUUCAUCAAAAUCAACUCGGAUGUCUACUUUAUUUACUCUUGGUUUUGUUAUGUCACUCUCAACUGGCUUUGCUAAUGUCAGCUUGAAGUAUAACAGCAUUGGUUUCUAUCAGAUGGCAAAGAUUGCAGUGACACCGUCAAUAGUUUUGGCAGAAUUUGUAUUGUACAGAAAAAAAGUUUCUUUGCCCAAGGCUAUAGCAUUAACGGUGGUAUCUAUCGGUGUUGCUGUGGCUACGGUGACUGAUCUGCAGUUCCAUUUUUUUGGUGCAUGUGUGGCAUUGGCAUGGAUUGUACCGAGUGCUGUAAAUAAAAUCCUCUGGUCUCGGCUGCAGCAACAAGAGAACUGGACAGCUUUGUCUCUGAUGUGGAAAACAACACCUAUAACAUUGAUUUUCCUGGCUGCUAUGAUUCCUUGCUUAGACCCUCCGGGUGUCCUUUCCUUUGAUUGGAACUUCGGAAACACACUCGUGAUUUUUGGCUCGGCAAUUCUUGGAUUCUUGCUUCAGUGGUCUGGUGCUUUAGCAUUAGGUGCUACAUCUGCCAUCUCCCAUGUUGUACUUGGGCAGUUCAAGACAUGUGUAAUCCUUCUAGGAAACUAUUAUCUUUUUGGAUCGAAUCCCGGCGCAAUCAGCAUCUUCGGUGCAUUCACAGCUAUUGCCGGCAUGUCUGUCUACACUUACCUUAAUAUGAGACCACAACCAAACAAGGUAACCCCUUGGCAGGCUUCCACUUUGCCGAAAUCCAAACUCAGCAAAGAAAAUGGCGGCACUCACGAUGAACAACAUUACGGGGCGGAGUCCGUCUAACUAGAUGCCUAAGUAAGAUAUGAUACACAUUAACCAAAACAUUCUGGUCAUUCUUUUCUUUCUUGUUCCUUGAUUUUGAUCUAACCAUUUUGUCGACUAUGAUAUAUGAUCAGAGAGAUAGGUAGUGUAACACCAUAUGUAUAUUAGGGUUUUGGUGUAAUCCUAGCUAGAACAACAAUGUUAUUACUUAUUAGGCGGUUAAUGUUAUAAUAUGAGCUAUAGUUGCAUUUUUUUUUUGUAACUGACAAACAAAAAUUGCUGCAAUUCAUCAUGACUCAUGGAAGGAGGGAUAUAAAAAUCUCUUCCUCUCGGUUUUUCACCUAGUUCGGACGGUAUAAUUAUGUUCAGUUAUAUUUCUCUUCCUCUUAUAACAAGACCUAUCCCACU